CCCAUAAACCUCUGCUUCCCGGCCGACCGGGGCGCCAGCUCCCUACCCAGGAGUCCUUGCGCGGCCCGGCGCAGCGGACACCCAGGACUCCAAGAUGGCGUCAGUCGUACCCCUGAAGGAGAAGAAGCUCUUGGAUGUGAAACUAGGAGAGCUGCCCAGCUGGAUACUGAUGCGGGAUUUCACCCCUAAGGGCAUUGCUGGCGCAUUUCAAAGAGGUUACUACCGGUAUUACAACAAGUAUGUCAAUGUGAAGAAAGGGGGCGUCGCUGGGAUUUCUAUGGUGCUGGCAGCUUACGUGGUCUUCAACUACUUCCGUUGUUAUAAGGAACUCAAACACGAGCGGCUACGCAAGUACCACUGAAGAGGGCCCAGUGUGGAGGCACACGCGCGGCAUUCCUGACCAUGACCUUUGCUUGGCACCCUUGAAUCCUUUCAUAUCCUGAUUCAGAAUUAACGUCCAAUAAAAGAGAACUGGUACUCGGA